AUGGAUUCAUCUCGAAUCUUUGUGAAAGGUUUGCCACCAAAUCUUAAUGAGGCUGACUUGCGCAAGCAUUUCGCAUCCAAAGGUCAUAUCACAGAUGUCAAGCUGAUACCUCAUCGAAGGAUUGGAUAUGUGGGCUACAAGGACUCCCAGGAAGCUGCCGCUGCAGUCAAAUACUUCAACCGUUCCUUUGUACGGAUGUCCAGGAUAAAUGUUGAGUUAGCCAAACCUAUCACAGAUCCCUCAUUAUCUAGAGAGAGAGACAAAAGAUAUGGUUCAACGACCGGUUUAGAGAUAUCCCAGGCUACGAAACAGUCUACAGAGCCAGAGGCAGCCGUCGAGAAUGUGAAGAAGAGGAAGCGAGAUGCACUCGACGAAUCGGAUCCAAAACUCCAAGAGUUCUUAAAUGUUAUGCAACCCGCAAAGGCUUCUGCAAGCACAAUACAUGGAAUUGGCGCGGAAUCUGCCGAUGAGCCUCCUGCAAAAUAUCCAGCGCUUACUAUCGACGGGGGAGGAUCUGAUGAUGAGUACGAAGUUGUACCAAGCCGACAGAAAAGAGUUAAGCCUAUAGAGCCCAUAAACCAGCCAAUAAGUGCGGGGGACAGUGUCAAUGGACAGUCUCAUGAGGAAAUCGAGAAAACUGAGGAUCUGCCGAUAGAGCAAACGUUGCCAGAUGCACCUACCCUUGCCGAGACCGCAACUCAUGUAGCCGCUACGGAUGACGAUUGGCUACGAUCACGGACAAAUAGGCUGCUUGACUUGGUUGAUGAUGAGGAUAUCGUACCUACAGUUGCGUCCUCGGGGACUUUACCGCCCAUACCACCAAUCCAGGAGCAAGAACAGCCCGAGGUUAUCGAUGCAACCGUGAAUGAAGAUCAAGAUAUGGAUGAUCAAAAUCAACAUUCUGAUACAGAUGAGCUUGUUACAAAACCAAAAGACGACGACGUUGAUAUAGUUCGCAAGACGAAAAGGUUGUUUGCACGGAACUUGCCAUAUUCAGCCACCGAAGACGAUCUCAGAUCGUACUUUGAACGAUAUGGUAUUGUUGAAGAGGUACAUGUGCCGAUGAAAGACUCGAGCACUAAUCGGGGACUUGGCUUUGUUUUAUUUGCUAGCCCAGACGAUGCAACAAAAGCAUUCCAAGCAGAUCGGUCUUCCUUUCAGGGGAGGAUCCUACACGUUUUACCAGCUUCGGCAAAACGUGAUCAUACCCUGGAUGAGUUCGCACUGUCUAAGUUACCGCUGAAGCAGCAGAAUCUUAUCAAGAAGAGAGCCAAGGCUGCCGAGUCUCGGUUCAACUGGAACUCGCUUUACAUGAAUCAGGAUGCUGUGAACGCAUCGGUCGCUGAUCGUUUGGGGAUCUCCAAGGCAGAAUUACUUGAUCCAACCAAUUCUGAUGCGGCCGUGAAGCAAGCCAUCGCCGAAACCUCGACAAUUCAAGACACGAAGGCCUACUUGGUAGCUAACGGUGUCGAUCUAAAUGCUUUCAAGUCAGGCCCGCGAGGUGAUACAUCUAUCUUGGUAAAAAAUUUCCCUUACGGCACUUCAAUCGAGGAGAUCAGGACCCUUUUUGAGGAGCACGGACAGGUACUAAAAGUGCUUAUGCCACCUACAGGGACUAUUGCUAUUGUCCAGUUCGCGCAAGGCCCUCAGGCUAAGACAGCCUUCACAAAGUUGGCAUAUCGCCGAUUUAAAGAGUCUAUAUUAUUUCUCGAGAAGGCACCAAAGAACCUAUUCGUGGGUAAGGAGCCCCAGCAUGAUGCGACUGAAGCUAGUAAAGAGCCUAGUGGCAUACAGAAAUUAUCCGCAUCGGAACUGCUAGAACAAGAUACUCAAGAGCCCGUUGACUCAACCUCGUUAUUUGUGAAGAACCUCCAUUGGGAUACUACCACCCAGGAACUUGCAGAGGCCUUUAGCCAUCUAGAAGGAUUUAGAUCCGCUCAAGUGAAGACUAAAAAAGAUCCCAAGAAACCCGGCCAAUUGUUGAGUAUGGGAUUUGGAUUCGUCUCAUUCGCUAACAAGACAGCUGCUGAAGCGGCUCUGAAGGUCAUGGAUGGCCACGCCCUCAGGUCACACAAACUUCAAGUCAGAGCUUCACAUCGUGGCCGCGACGCUGCUGAAGAACGAAGACAACAGGACAAUGCGAAAAAGAGUGCAAACCAGAGGACAAAGAUCGUGAUUAAGAACGUCCCCUUCCAAACUAACAAGAAUGAUAUUCGGACACUUCUGAGCACCUAUGGCCAACUUAAAUCAGUUCGCAUACCCAAAAAAUUCAAUGCAACUAGCAAAGGUUUUGCUUUCGCCGAGUUUGUGUCUUCGAAGGAGGCGGAGUCUGCGAUGCUAGCCUUACAAGACACCCAUUUAUUAGGACGAAGACUUAUCCUUGAAUACGCAGAAGCAGAAGCAAUUGAUCCAGAAGAGGAAAUCGCAAAGAUGCAGAAGAAGGUGGGCGGCCAAGCUAGCAGAAUCGCCCUGCAACAGCUCACAGGGGGAGGACGCAAAAAGGUUAAUCUAGGAGGGGAUGAAGACGAAGGGGAGAUCUAA